GUCCUAUCAGAGUCCUGUCAACCAACUUUAAUGUCUACUGAGUCUGCAUGUCUCAAAUUUUAUGCGACUGCAGAUCACUGCCUGUCUGUGCGUUGGGCGUCGAAAUUGGUGGAUUGGCAUUCGAUGAGGGGUCCCGACAACCUCGCCACGCAGUAAGGACAGCGUCGCUACGCAGCCUACUAUAGACUGCGCGCUCAACGAGUCAUGGAGGAGCCGUGCUACACAUGUCGGCGUCGGCGGAUUCGCUGCGACCAGUCUCAGUCGCCUUGUGUUAAGUGCGCGACAAGUGGCUAUCAAUGCUUUGCUUCUAGGCCUCUGAGAUGGGUCAAAGGCCUAGCGAUACGAGGGAAGCUGCGGGGUGUAUCGCUGGCAACCGAUUCAGCUAGUCCAGCUAAGAAGGCAAAGUCUCGAAAAGAGUCAGACUCGAGGGAUAGUAGUUUUGCACCGGCGACCGAGUCUGCUCUUUCUGUUGUGCGGUCUCCCGAAGGUCACGUCGCCCCAUUGGAGCCUUUAAUUAGCAUACCCUCGACCAUAGGCGAUUUUGCCGCCUCUAAUCUGGACGCAGUUUCCAGGUACUACUUGGAUUAUUAUAAUGAAAGCAUAUGUGGGCUCUUCAUCGUCUAUGAUAGUGAUAGGAACCCUCUUAGGGCCCUCAUGUCGCUCGCACUGCUUGACCACACUCUCCUCAAGUCUGUACUGGCUCUUGCCGCGCGACACAGGGUAAAUAGACAUUGCUCGUUCCAUGAUCUAACCAUCAAAGCAUCAUCCGAUCAAAUGAUUGCAAACGCCGACGCGCUUCGCUUCAAAUAUCAAGCUAUACAAGGGAUCGCGCAGGCCCUGGGCGAUGCGACAUCACGGAACAAGGAUACGACAGUGGCAAGCAUAUUCCUCCUAGUAUUUCUCGAUCUUCUGGAGUCUGGAAGUGAUCGAUGGAAUGUUCACCUAGAAGGUGCCAAAAGAUUGAUGGAGCCAAGUACACCUGAUUCGCAAGCUGUUUCCUGGCACGAUUCCGGACAAACUAUUGAGGAUCUGCGUAAUUUUCUUGCCAGUCAGAUUUACUCGAUUGAGACCUUGGGUGGAACAUUUGUACGCCCAAAGUUAUUGUCUCAGUUUAAUUUGCUUGAGGGCCCUCAAUUUCAGGAGACCGUCGAGCAGUCAUUCCUUGGAUGUCCGGAAUACCUACUGGACGCUAUACGGUAUCUCUCUGCGCGACGAGACACCAUUGCCAGCUCCGAAUGCCAUGAUGACUCUACCUGGAGCUACUUCAUUCAGGAUACCAUGUCGAUGAUAGACUUCAUCCAGCAAUUCGACUGUUCCGUAUGGGCUUCGUCGCUACCAUAUCUAGGCACCGUCCCUCCAAGAGGUACAAGCUCCCUUUGCACGUUGGCACAAUCGUACAAAAUAGGAGCCCUAAUUUACGGAAAACGUGUCCUUGGAGCUCUCACUAAGGAAUAUUUACCACUCGAGGACCUGGUACAGGAGUUGCUUGCCACGAUUGAAAGUUUGCAAAACGAUGAGACUUUAUACAGAUGCAUCCUCUGGCCUAUAAUCAUUGCUGGUCUGGAAUGCCAACGACAAGAGCAAAGAGAGUCCGUGCGGACUUAUAUGGAGAGUUUCUGGGAACACACCAAGUGUGUGAAUGUGAUUAAUGCUUCCAAGAUUAUAGAAGACCGCUGGCAGCGAUGCGACGGCACAGAACCUUCACACUGGAUAUUUUCAAUUGGUCACUUGGGCCGUGACUGGCUUUUGAUCUGA